AGUGGCGCGACGGUGCUGACAUUACCGGGUCCGGGCUGUUGGGGUUCGGACACCGGCCGGGAUUCGGGUACCUCGACUUCGGGAGCAGAGCGGAGCGCGAGGAGGCGGCGGCGGCGGCGGCGCUGCGAGUUGGUGGAGGGGGCGGCUGUGCACGGCCCCAAGACAUGGCUCACAACAAGAUUCCCCCGCGGUGGCUAAACUGUCCGCGGCGCGGCCAGCCGGUGGCAGGAAGAUUUUUACCUCUGAAGACAAUGUUAGGACCAAGAUAUGACAGUCAAGUUGCUGAAGAAAAUCGGUUCCAUCCCAGUAUGCUUUCAAAUUAUCUGAAGAGUCUGAAGGUUAAAAUGGGCUUGUUGGUGGACCUGACAAAUACUUCAAGAUUCUAUGACAGAAAUGACAUAGAAAAAGAAGGAAUCAAAUAUAUAAAACUUCAGUGUAAAGGACAUGGCGAAUGCCCUACAACGGAGAAUACCGAGACAUUUAUUCGUCUAUGUGAGCGGUUUAAUGAAAGAAACCCGCCUGAACUUAUAGGUGUUCAUUGUACCCAUGGUUUCAAUCGCACUGGUUUCCUCAUAUGUGCCUUCUUGGUGGAGAAAAUGGAUUGGAGUAUUGAAGCAGCAGUUGCUACUUUUGCUCAAGCCAGACCACCAGGAAUUUAUAAGGGUGAUUAUUUGAAAGAACUUUUUCGUCGCUAUGGUGAUAUAGAGGAAGCACCACCCCCACCUCUAUUGCCAGAUUGGUGUUUUGAGGAUGAUGAAGACGAAGAUGAGGACGAGGAUGGAAAAAAGGAAUCAGAACCUGGGUCAAGUGCCUCCUUUGGCAAAAGGAGAAAAGAACGUUUAAAACUGGGUGCUAUUUUUUUGGAAGGCGUAACUGUUAAAGGUGUAACUCAAGUAACAACUCAACCAAAGUUAGGAGAGGUACAACAGAAGUGUCAUCAAUUCUGUGGCUGGGAAGGGUCUGGAUUCCCUGGAGCACAGCCUAUUUCCAUGGACAAGCAAAAUAUUAAACUUUUGGAGCAGAAGCCAUAUAAAGUAAGCUGGAAAGCAGAUGGUACGCGGUAUAUGAUGUUGAUUGAUGGCACAAAUGAAGUUUUUAUGAUUGAUAGAGAUAAUUCAGUGUUUCAUGUUUCAAAUCUGGAAUUUCCAUUUCGUAAAGAUCUCCGCAUGCAUUUAUCGAAUACUCUCCUAGAUGGGGAAAUGAUUAUUGACAGAGUAAAUGGACAGGCUGUUCCUAGAUACUUGAUAUACGACAUAAUUAAAUUCAAUGCACAGCCGGUUGGAGAUUGUGAUUUUAAUAUUCGUCUGCAGUGUAUAGAACGAGAAAUAAUAAAUCCUCGACAUGAAAAAAUGAAGACGGGGCUCAUUGACAAAACACAGGAACCAUUUAGAGUCAGAAAUAAGCCAUUUUUUGACAUCCAUGCUUCAAGAAAGCUACUUGAAGGAAACUUUGCCAAAGAAGUCAGCCAUGAAAUGGAUGGUCUCAUUUUCCAGCCCACUGGAAAAUAUAAACCUGGUCGAUGUGAUGAUAUUUUGAAAUGGAAGCCUCCCAGUUUGAAUUCUGUGGAUUUUCGCUUAAAGAUAACAAGAAUGGGAGGAGAAGGGUUACUUCCUCAGAAUGUUGGCCUUCUCUAUGUUGGAGGUUAUGAAAGACCCUUUGCACAAAUCAAGGUGACAAAAGAGCUAAAACAGUAUGACAACAAAAUUAUAGAAUGCAAAUUCGAGAACAACAGCUGGGUCUUUAUGAGACAGAGAACAGACAAAAGUUUCCCUAAUGCCUACAACACUGCCAUGGCCGUGUGCAACAGCAUCUCAAACCCUGUCACCAAGGAGAUGCUGUUUGAGUUCAUCAACAAAUGUGCGGCAGCUUCUCAAGGACAGAAGCGAAAGCAUCAUCAUCUGGACCCGGACACGGAGUUCAUGCCUCCGCCACCUCCCAAAAGACGUUUGAUUUAAAGACCUGCCUCUGACUUCAGGAUUGAGAGGAAAGAUGAGUGAGGAAAAGUGCUGUUGCCCCAUUUUCUUUGCGACCAGAGAAAUUCAAAACAGAGUGUGGCUUGAUGUUGAUAACACAUUUGACUUUAAAAAAAAGAAGAAGAAAGUACUGUAGCCAGCCUGUAAAUACUUGAUGCAUUUGUUUCCUCAGUGCUACAGUACAUCAUGGACUUAAACAUUUUGUUUAUAUCUGGUAAACUCAGCCUUACCUUGUGGAAUCUGAAGACUGAAAUAUCCAAAGGUUUAAAUGAGAUCGAAAUCAGUGAAAAAGAGGCCUUGUUUAUAUACGGAUAACUUCCACUUUAAUUUAUAAAGUUAGCAAUCUAGAACUGUGAGCGCCUAGAACACUGUAUUUUUUAGAAGUUGUAUUUCAACUAUGAUAGAUUUUCCUUUUAAAACAUUUAGACAAUGGCAUUAAAUAUUCUUGCUAUUAUUUAUCAUGGAUUUCCUACAUUUCUGAAAUUCUUGUAUUCAAAACCAAAUGACAAAGUUGUUAAAUAUUGUGCUAUAUUAAAGAACUUGGUCUGGCUUACAUCAUUUUAAGAAGUUGUUUUGGAAAUGGAAAAGUAAAAAAGUAAAGCUCCAAUUUUGUUAAUUUCAUCCUUUCUAAAGGAGGUAUAUUGAAUCUUUUCAUCGUCUCUUUCUGUUGUUUGAACUGCAGUAUCAGCUAUCCAAUGUAUCCACUCUGGCAGUGGUCCCGAGUUACUUCAUAGAACUUAGAGACAUACCACCCGGUCCUGUGUGUGUUGUUCUCCUGGGAGACUUUUGUUCUCUUUCUUUUUUUGGUUUUAACGCCAGGGCUACUUCUGCUGUACCUCAGUGGUAGCACAUUGUAAAUUACGUUAAAACACACAACUCACUGUGAUGAUGGGAGUGAUAUCAGAUACAGACAGUGUUGUAUUUGUUCCCUUGCACCAAACAGCAAAGGAAAUGGCAGCUGACUCCUUUAAUUAGAAGGUAAUGUCAGUGGAAGAGAAUGCUGUCACUAGAAAAUGCUCUCCCACUGCUUGAUAAAUGCAGAGGCAAAGACUAGACAUCUGUAGGAACUAAACAUCAAGGAAGCCAAGACAUUUAUUUUCAAAGCCAGAAUUCUCUCAUCUUCUAUUCUGGGAAUGCUAUUUCAGUUGUACAUCUGAAUUUAAAAAAACAAAAAACA